GAGAGGAGGCUGUGAGGUAAUGUAGUCCGCAGGAGGGGGUGGCAAAGGAAAGAGAGAAGGGAUAUAGGACUGGCAGCAAGCGGAGGUCUGGCUGCAGACUCACCGGGAUCCCUGUCGCCGCCUCGCGCUCUCCACACGCAUCAGAUUUAAGCUGCAUUUGGUCUUCAUAGAAGAACUGGAAAUUCUACAGAGAAGGAACAGAUUGCAGCCAUAAUUAUAUUGUGAACUUGUGCAUGAUAACCACGUGGUAUCCCAACAGAGGAAAAGGGAAGUAAGGAGGACCGAGACUCUCAGACGUCUUCAGCUUUGGUGGCUUCAUGCUCAGCUGUCUUUGGUUUUAAGACGAGGAACUUUACUAAGCAGAAGGAACCAUGGAUUUUGUGAUGAAGCAAGCUUUAGGUGGGGCCACUAAAGACAUGGGGAAGAUGCUUGGUGGGGAGGAGGAGAAGGACCCAGAUGCAGCCAAGAAGGAGGAAGAGAGACAGGAGGCGCUGAGGCAGCAGGAGGAAGAGAGGAAGGCCAAACAUGCUCGCAUGGAGGCAGAGAGGGAAAAAGUACGGCAGACCAUCAGGGACAAGUACGGGUUGAAGAAGAAAGAGGAGAAGGAGGCGGAGGAGAAGGCAGCAAUGGAGCAGGCCUGUGAGGGGUCGCUGACACGCCCCAAAAAAGCAAUCCCUAGAGGCUGCGGAGACGAUGAAGAGGAUGAAGAGAGCAUCCUGGACACCGUCCUCAAGUACCUGCCUGGACCUCUUCAGGACAUGUUCAAAAAGUAAAACCAGAAAAGCAAAAGCAACCAAACGAACCCUAACUUCGGGGGGCUAGGCUACAGAGCUAAGGGGAGCAGGGAUCUUUGAUUUGGGGACUUUAGGCUGGGGGAAUUAUUUGGAGGAUUGGUGAGUCAGAGGGGUUUGACUGUAGAGUUUUGGGAUUGUAGAAGGGGACAAAUGGGUCUGGGAGGGAGGGUUCUCGUCAAACCUUUAGGGGCUGCACACUGCCUUUCUAGAGAUCUUUAACUUUGUUUUUUCUACACUUCAACAGUUGCAUUAUCCUCACUUUAUUUCCAAUAUUAAUUUCACCUGCCAGUUAGAGCAUUUUUAAAAUCCUUGUUUAAAAAAAAUCAUCAUUUUUACAUUAUUUUGAAUUAAAAACAAACUCCUGACGUGUUCCUUAAAUGGAGAACAGCAUUCCACAGUGGACACAUGUCCUCUUCCUUCACUGCCACUGUGUUUUCCAGCAUGUGGUCAUGACAAGUGUUUUCUACUUUUACAAGCCUGAUGAAGGUGUUUCUGUUAGAAAACCUAAAAACAAAAAUAGAGAUUCAUGUUUGAGUUUUUUGGACACGUGCCUUCAUAUCAUCUCUUGCAAAGAAAAUGUAAAUAAGGGUUUCAUUUAGAGACGCAUGUAUAGAUACUCGAAAAUACUUUUGGAAUAAUGUAUUUGAUAUUUGAAUGGUUGGUUAGGACACUUUGGGUUUACAAACGACCAUCAUUUACACCAUACUUCCCAAAACUCAAGAAAAAGACACAACAUUUUGCAAAACACAAAUUACUCGUGAGGCCCAGACACGGUUCUGGUUCUGUAGUAGCUUACGGUACUGCCUUUACAAUAAAAAGGAAAAAAAAAAGUGAAAUUUUACUACUUCAGUCUGUUACAAGUAAAUAAAAAUAAAUUUAAAUAAAUUUAACUAUUAUAUAUAUUUAAAUAUAUUAGGUGUGUGGUUCUCUGAUCCAAGUGUAUUUUGUAGUGAUGGGACUUAAGGCUCUUUGAAGGGAACUGUUCACAAUGAAAUGGAGCCGUCAAAGUGAGAGUGGGGGUUGGAGUAAUGUGUCCCUCCCAUGUCGGUAACAGCGCUUGAAGGUGGGUUGCAUUCCGCCAAUGUCUGUGAGAGCAUGGAGCUGGGGGGUCACUGGAAGACAAUAUGAGUGGUUGUCUACAAGGACUCGACUCUAAUCGUUCACUUUGAAAACCCGUUGAAAAGAUUUGAUUCGUUUGUGAAUGUCACAUCACUAGUAUGUAGAUCUGAAGAAGGGUUGUGACUAUGCUCAUUGAGGCGUUAUAGUGAGUGCAGUCAGAGUACGGACAGCUGAGAACACUUUUAAGGUCUAUCUGGUCCCAGUGCAACCAGAACAAGGGCUUCAUCCACAUUCUGGCUCCUAGUCGAGCUCAUUCCUUGUGUAGGUUGUACUCCACCAUGGACCAAAGGAUUUGAGUUUCAUCUGCAGUAAGGGGGUGUUUCUUUGCUCUUCUGUCAUGAAGACAAAGCUGAGCCACGAGGAAAAGCAUUAGAUUUAUUGGUCCAUCUUUGUUCCAACACUAACGUAUGGUUUUGAGAUUUGGACCUUAACAAAAAUAGAACAAGUUCCUGGAUGGAUAAAAGACAACCCAACUUUUGAUGAGCGACAGAAAACAGGCAGAAAAAAUAUGAUGUUUAACUCAAGUGGAUGAAGAGAAAGUAGAACCAAGUUAUCAUGAUUUAAGUGAUCAACUCCACGUGGACAAUCAAAUCAUUGACGACUGACACCCUAAGGUCUUCAUUUUGAACCCCCCAAACUUAUUUAUUGAGCAUUAAUCUCUUAAUUGAUAAACAAUUUUAACAAAUUACUGUGCUUUGUUUAUUCUUCUCUUUAAUCAAUACAAACACCCGGGAGUUUUUUAGUUUGUUCUAAAAUACUGUAACAUGCUGCCAGUUUUCUUUUUAUGUAACCAAACUUCUCAGCUAACUUUGUCAUCAUCUUUUACCCACGACUUAAACUGAUCAACAUCAAGACCAAAGAGAAACUGGUGAGAUCUUUAAAAUUAUUAUUAUUAUUAUUAUUAUUAUUAUUAUUAUUAUUAUUAUUAUUAUUAUUUCUUGCUUCCUGCAACUGGUUUCUGGAGAAAAUACUUAAAGGAGAAAUACUGUGCAGUACUUUGUAGAUGGUGAAACCGUAGAUUGAACCUGUGAGUUUCUGCUUCUCACUGCCUGAAAAGCUAUAAAGAAUCUACAUUCUGCAUUUCCUAAUCCAACAAAAACACCAUAGUGGUCUGUCUCGUGGUCUGAGUAAAUGUUCUUUAAAUUAAACUACAUACUAAUUAAAAAUAACAGAAAAUGCAGACAAACAUUGAUAAAAUGGAGCAUGUUUCUCAAAGAUCUGGUGGUGAUUCAGUGAUUCGUUUUGCAGUGGUGUAUGAUGAAUACAUUGUUCCAGGAGUCUUUAAAUUAGAAUAGCUUUAGAGAUUUAUAGAAAUGAUGAUGAAGUUGUGCUCUAUGAAUCAUUUAUUUAUUUAUUUAUUCUCAUUUUCUAGCUCAGAUAGGACUUUUCACUAGACAAAGCCAUAUUGUUUAGAUUGCAAUAAUGAAUUAAAAUGUUAAAAAGACAUUAUUUCAACAUUCAAAGUUACAUGUCAGUCUGUUAUCUGUAAAAUUUAGAUAGUCUGUUUGUAAAUCUUCCAUUACCUUUAAAAAGCUACGUAUAUGAAGAGAAAAUCUAUAGAAAAGGAUCCAUUGUUUGGACUGUUUUAUGUGAACUGUAAGUGUGUUUCUACGUGUGUCUUUCUACAUGUCUGUGAUGUUGUAGAUUCAUGUAGUCUAUGUUUACACGAUUUAAAUGUGUCUUGAACUAUUUUGUGCACAGGCUGAAGCAGCCUCCUAGUUGUGCCACGUCUGAAAAAAAAUACUUAACACAUUCCUUUCUGAUGUUGAGCAUGCAGAUGUUUGGUAGAUACAAAAAUACACCAGAUGUCAUGAAAAAUAUUAUGUGUGAAUACACACACACACACACACACACACACACACACACACACACGCACACACGCACACACACACACACACACACACACACACACACACACACAAAGAGUGUUUCUGAAUGUCGCCAUGCAACAGAACCCAUGCGUUGGAUCCAGAAAGGUUGGCUUUAUGAUGGGCUCGAUGAGUGUUUGGUGUUUUUAUCUGUCUGAAUUGAAUGAGAGGAGGACUGUUGAGGCUUACAACCAUUUUUUAUAUUUUUAAUUCCAGGAGCAGCACAAGCACAAACCUGUUUUAUUUCUCUAACAAGAUGCACAUGCUUUUGUUAAGGCUCAAAAAUCUAUUUACGACCUAAACUGACUGUUUGUACGGAGUCGUGUUUGUAUCAACUUUUGCACAGAAAACAUAAUCAGAAAGAAUUAAAAUUUUAUGGAUGUUGGUAUACAUUCAUGCAACUCUUUGAUUAAUUUCAAUUAAAUGCACAGAACUCAGCUAUCAAGCACACAAAGGAUCCAUCACACCUGUGUCUGCUUUGCUAAAACUGAAGGAGACGCAGAGAACUUUCCUCUUGAGGUGGAACUCGGCUCGUACCAAUCACAGUAAAGUCUGAUGCCUACUAAUUCACUGGAGCACAUGUAGUAAUUUUUAACUCAGCCAUUUCCUGAUCAGUAAGCCCUUCACUGCCAGCAUUUUUCAGCAUUUUCACUGUUUUUUAAGAGUCGCAGAACGUUGCAUGCUAGCAUGAUGUCAACACCAAAACUAGCAAAACAAAGAGUAGACUCACUUCUUACAUCAGGAAGAAUCCGUAAGUUUCGAGCGUUAUCUGUUCUUUCAUAAUCGGUUGUCGAACUGUGAUCGGCAGAAGCUUUUCCGGUUUGCGCCUCACUUUUUUUACAGCAGCAGCCCAAAACGAUCUUCUAACACAUGGAUUUUCUGCUUCCUGAUCACGUGAUGUGUGACAUACGUGGAUGAAGACCGGCUUUAGAGCUGGGAUGUUUGUUCUCAUGGUGCGGGGGCUUGUUCUGAUGCCCACACAGUAAAAAAAUGCAAAUGAUGACUUGUUGUCAAUGGCAGUGAAUGAGUUAAAAUGAUUUUAAAGGACUGUUACAUUAAUGAGGAGCAUGAUCCUUGCUGUAAUGUCUUCUCGUUUAGCAUUUGGGUGAUGGGCGAUUCCUAAAAUGUUGCCAUAUUUGAUCAGCUCCCUUUCAAAAACUACCAGAUGGUCCAAAUAUGGACUGGAUUAUUUUCCCUACAUUUUUUACUCUAAGUAUAAAGCAGAAUGAUUCCACCACAUUUGCUGACAUUCUUUUCCAUAAGAAAGGGAUCCAGUUUAAGCACUUUUAGAGCAUCGAUCUGGCUCUUAAACAUCCAGAUGUAGUACAAGUAUUAGUACCUUCAUCCUCAACAAUUAACAAUUUAGACAAUGCUUUUGUCUAUUACUUUUAUAUUAUUAUAUAAUUACGCCAAAAUAAAAAUCUUAUUGUAUACCUGUUGUAUUAAUAUCAGGCAAUUUCUUUUAAUUUAAAAAUUAGGGUUGUUGCUGCUUGGUCUUUUGCAGCCAAUGAUUUGAACGGUAAUUUUAUUAUUUCGCAUUUAUUCAGGCUGUUGAAGGUCCAGGAAAACACAAAAUACCUUUAAGACAACUGACAAAAAGUGUUGGAGUGGUUUAAAAGAAAAUGGGACGUGUGCAAUUAAAAAUAAAAAUAGUUCAUGUUAAAUCUUGCAUGUCUAUUAAGGAAACAUUCCUGCUGAGGGAUUUAUUUUAAUUCAGCUGAACAGUUUGAGAAAAAUCACUUGUGCUUCAUGUCACACUUCAAUCACUUCACCUACAGCCCGUGGAGUAGUUCUUGUUUCCUUUUAAUCCCCGGAGGCGAGAAAAGAGGCCCGUAGAUCCUGAAGUGUGUUGAAAUCAUUGGCUCUUUGUGGAAGCUACAGCCAUACACCGUCUGUAUGUAAAACGACUCUCGGCGGGACUCAUCUCAAGGCGUCACGGCCCGUGAACUGCCUUUGAAAAGGGCUAUUACCUCGUCAUCUGUGUGUGAGCGUAGUGGUGCAUUUCUGUCACGUCUGUGCUCGUCCCAGACUCGUGUGCUGUUGUUUUAUUACAUCUGCAUGUCAUACUUGAGUGUUUAAACAGUGUGAAAUGUUAAAAUAAUGCUUGGUUUGAUCUGCAGUAGUGUACUUUUAUUUCUUAUGACUAGGUAACUAGGAUUGAUCGAGGGUUUUUGAAGACAGAAACAGAGCGCAUGUUUGCGGGAACUGAAAGCCCAGAAACAUCAAAUCCUUCCUGGUGUUCCUCGGAAACAUCUGAAAUGUUAACAAGAGGAUUUGGGGGGGGGGGGGGGUUGCAAAAGAGAAACUGGAUUAUCAAAGCAUCUUCUGUUGUCGGGAGCUUAGAAACAUGCGUUACAAAUCACAGUUCAUCUUCCCCCUUUAAAAGAUUCUCCUCAUAAAUUACAUUAAAACAAACUGACCCUGUGUUCCUUCCAUCCUGUCACUUAAUAAAAAAUCUUGAGUGAUAACUGAGAGAAUUAUGUAAGAAACCUCUAAAAGACGUUGUGGAAGAUGUCAUAACAUUUGUUUUUGUCACAUUUUCCAUACUGCCCUGCUGAAUUCUGCCAGUGAAGUUAAAUUUAUCGCUUUUACUCGUCACGCUGUUUACUCUCCUGCAGAGGCUGAGUGCUGUCUGCCGAGGAGAAACUAUGAAUGCAUUCCAGACUUUUAUCUUUUUCACAUUUGCGCAGGAAUGUGUUAAAAUGUUACACAAACGGAUGUUAUGAAAUCUGAACUAUAGUCUAAGGUGGAAAUAUGAGCCAGUAAAAUAUUAUUUUUUCUGCCAUUAUGCUCAUACUAACGCAGCAAGGGAUGGUCACCUGGUUGUUUACUCUUCUGAUUGUUGAAGCUGAAAAUGUCAGCGACAAAAGCUUUGAUGGAACUGUGGGAAUAAUUGAAAAUAAAUAAAUCCAAAGGAACAUUUUUUUCUUUCUUCUUUUUGUUGUAAUUCAGGGUGAAAAUAAUUUCAGGGUGCAGAAGAAUGUAAAAUAUGAGUUUGUUUACUGUUAUUUUUUAUGCAUGUUAUGUACUCAGUGUGGAGCCCAAUCACUGUAAACUGUAUCAUCAACUCAACUGAAUCACUCUAUUUGGAAAUCAGAUGCAUUAAACUAAUUAAAAAAAAACUUAAA